GGCAGUCAGAGAUGAUGAAGGGAGGGGAUAGUGAAGGAUAUCGCUAGCUAGCUAGCUGUUGUUUGUUUAUUGUAAUUUACGAAACAGAUCAAGUACCAACGUAAAUGUCAUAUUUCUCUUCGGCAUUUAGCUUUCUUGACCAGUCAUCAGGGACGAACAACUUGCGCGUGUCCUGUAAUCGUGGGUAGUUAAUUCACUUAAAUAAAUGGUUUUGGAGCUCACAGUGCCCGCUAGUGCAGGCCCCUUGCUUUACCGCUCCGUUUCGUACAUUGAGCGAGUUUUCCGGGUGAGGGUUAACCACAGAUCCGCUGUGUCAAGCUGCAACGGCGCAACUGCUAGCACCAGCAGCAUAGUUAUCUCUGUCGAAGAGGGUGAAGAAGAUGACUGCACCAAGGCAAAGGAUUACAUAGUAUCGCUGACCUCACCAGCUCACAGGAAGAGGGAACAUUUAACACUGACUUUACAUAAACAGCUUCAGCUGCUCAAGUCAACCAUCGAGUAUGAGUCUCAGGCCGUAGUGGAGGCGAAGGAGCAUGUGGUGGAGAUCUCAGGCGGGGAGGCUAACGUGAUGACAGCAUGGUCCAUGGUGGAGAGGCUCAAAAUGGAGACGUGCCCUUGCAGGGAGGAGACCAUGGGGUUGAGGGAAGCCCAGCAUGCUAGCGGCGAGUCCGAGGAGGGUAGCAGCUCUGAGAGCGAGUCAGAACUGCAGUUGCAGGUGAGCGGGGGCAUCUGCUGCAGGAGGAGGGAACCGUUUGUCACCAACAAGCCCCACCGCCAGCUCUGUCGCUCCCCCUGCCUGGACCGACCCAGCUUCUCCCAAAGCAGCACCCUGCCGGACCCCCGAACGGAGGAGGCCAAGGCGGGGGCGGUCUUCAGGCCCGCCAGCGACCGGGAGUACCAAACCAAGAUGGAGUUUGCCUUGAAGCUGGGAUACUCCGGGGAUCAGGUGGAGACCGUCCUGAACAAGCUGGGUGCGGCCGCCCUCAUAAACGAUGUCCUGGCUGAGCUGGUUAGACUGGGGAACAAGGAGGAGCCAGAGAGCCAGGCCGGCGGCGGCACGGCCUCUUCCAUGUCUCGGGGGGGCGCGGGCCCCAAGGUGGCCGUCAGCCCUGAGGCCUCCCUGGAGGACGAGUCGGUGGACACCUACGACAACCUCCGACCCAUCGUCAUAGACGGCUCCAACGUGGCGAUGAGCCAUGGAAACAAAGAGGUUUUCUCCUGCCUUGGCAUCCAGUUGGCUGUGGAAUGGUUUCUGGAGAAGGGACACAAAGACAUCACAGUGUUUGUCCCUGCUUGGAGGAAAGAGCAGUCGAGACCUGAUGCCCCCAUAACAGAUCAAGACAUUUUGCGAAAGCUGGAGAAAGAGAAGAUUCUGGUUUUCACUCCAUCAAGGCGUGUCCAGGGAAGAAGAGUGGUGUGCUACGACGAUCGCUUCAUAGUGAAGCUGGCUUGUGACUCUGAUGGCAUUAUUGUGUCAAAUGAUAACUACAGGGACUUGCAGAACGAGAAGCCAGAGUGGAAGAAAUUUAUAGAGGAGCGGUUGUUAAUGUACUCGUUUGUCAACGACAAAUUCAUGCCUCCUGAUGAUCCGUUGGGAAGACACGGCCCCAGUUUAGAGAAUUUCCUCCGCAAACGGCCUGUUGUCCCGGAGCACAAAAAGCAACCUUGUCCAUACGGGAAAAAGUGCACCUAUGGCCACAAAUGUAAGUACUACCACCCAGAGCGAGCCAGCCAACCACAGAGAUCGGUGGCAGAUGAACUGCGAGCGUUUGCCAAGCUGUCUGCCGUUAAGACAAUGAGCGAAGGGGCGCUGGCCAAGUGUGGCACCGGCCCAGCGACCAGCAAAGGGGACUGUGGCUCUGAGGCCAAACGCGUGGCCCCCAAGCGCCAGUCUGACCCCAGCAUCCGAUCAGUGGCCUGUGAACCAGAUGACAGACUUUCUGCCGCUCGGAAGCCGGAGGCCAAUUCUGUGCCUUCUCUUGUGUCGGCACUCAGCGUGCCCACCAUGCAGCCCACCAAGAGCCACGCGGCCGGUGCCUUGAACACGAGAUCUGCCAGCAGCCCCGUGCCGGGAUCGCUCCAGUUCACCCACAGCUCCCUGGAGCACAUGUCCAGCGUGCAGUACCCUCCCAUCCUCGUCACCAACAGCCACGGCGCCUCCGUCACUUACAGCGAACAGUUCCCCAAGUACGACUCAGUGAGCGACCACGGCUACUAUUCGAUGCUGAGUGAUUUUUCAAACAUGAGCAUGAGCAGCAUGCACAACGUGGACAGCUUCUGUAGCAUGGAGCACGAGCACGGGGUGUACCAGAGGCCCCCGGGCCACCGCGCAGAGUCCUGCCUCAGCCACUCCACCAGCGACUCCUUCUCCUCCUACGGAGACCUGUACAUGAGCUCCGUGGACAGCAGCCUGGACGACAGCGUGAAGGGCCAGCAGCAGUGUCCCGCUCAGAGCCGCCUCCAGGCCUUCUCCCACGGCUUCCAUCACGACGCCCUGACCAGGGUGCAGAGCUACGGCCCCGAGGAGCCCAAGCAGGGCCCCCGCAAGCAGUCCAUAUCCCACCUGGCUCCCCACAUCCAGCACCCUGUGGUUGGAGCCAGGUCGAGCUGUCCUGGGGACUACCCCCUACCUCAGAACACGCUCCCCUCCUCGUCCUCGCAGCCAGGACGCUCUCUGGGCAUGACUCGCAUGGACAGCAUCUCCGACUCCAGGCUGUAUGAGAGCAACCCCAUGAGGCAGAGGAGGCCCCCCCUGUGCCGCGAGCAGCACGCCAGCUGGGACCCUCUGCCAUGCGGAGAGUCUUACGGGUACCACUCGUUCCCCCUCAGCAACAGCCUGAUGCAGCCCUGCUGCGAGAAAGUCAUGGUCCGCAGCAUGCCUGACAAGAUGGAGCAGAUCUGGCGGUCGCCGUGGGAGAACCCGUUGCCGCACGAUCACCAGGAGCGCCACAUCAUCCCGGAGCAUCAGUACCAAACGUACCGCAACCUCUGCAACAUCUUUCCCGCUUACGUGGUUCACUCCGUCAUGGAGAAGAACCCUCACCUGACUGACCCCCAGCAGCUGGCGGCCGUCAUCGUCACCAAGCUGAGGUCGUGCCACUGAGGUCGUGCCACUGAGGUCGUGCCACUGAGGUCGUGCCACUGAGGUCGUGCCACUGAGGUCGUGCCACUGAGGUCGUGCCACUGAGGUCGUGCCACUGAGGUCGUGCCACUGAGGUCGUGCCACUGAGGUGCUUUGUUCUCGCUUGCGUUCGAUCCUCGUUUCGGUUGUGUUGGAUCGUCUGUAGUAGAACUCGACAAGUAAGGGAAUAGAUUGUGUUUUCUUUUUUUUAUCAAUAGACCCAAUUUCAAGGUUAGGCGGUUAUCACAAAUUCCAAGCGAAAACUGGCAAAUAUUCUGCUGAUAUUUCGUGUAGAGCAUGGUGUGUUAAAGUACAGAAAGGGACCAUUUCACUAUGUGUAAGUAGUUCAUUUUCUGUAUGUCGACACUUUUGUAAGUAUCCCAUGGCUUAGUUGGGUGUUUUGUGUGAUGGUUGGUGGGGUGAGAAAGAAGAGAAAGAAGGAGGGGAGCGAAGAAUACCUCAGCAGGAGCUUUAAUGGCCUUAUAUCUAACGACCUCACUGCUUCAGUCAAUCAUAACGGGUUUCAAUGAAUCUUGAUGUGGUUGAGGUAUAAUUUACUUUAAAAAAUGUAAAGCAUUGUAAGUAUUUAGAAUUAUAUAUAUUUUUUUCCUCAAUCUCACUUUGCAAAGCUACUAUUUUGGUAGGAUUUGUAAGUGCACAUUGUGAGCCAAAUCUAAAAACAUUUGACUUAACACGUGUGCACACAUCUAUUGUAUAUAUAACAUAAAACAGCCAUUUCAAAGACGUCAAAGCUGCUGAAUAAUGCCAAAAAAAGAGGAUUGACUUUUUGUCAGACAGUGUAUUGCAUAGAGAUUGAAAUGGAAUGUCAGUGCUUUGGGAAUUUGUUGUAUUGUAUAGCUUACUGACUGUGCUGAUUAGCUAUCUAAUGCAACUGUGUUACUUUGAUGUGAUGUUAAUAAACUUUGUGUAUGUGUGCAUGUAUAUUUAAAUAUACAUACACAUAUAUACACAGAAAAUAUAUAUAAUAUAUAUAAUAUAUAUAUAUAUAUCCUUGUGUUGACUUGCACCUUGAGACCUGGCACAUUACUUAAUGGAGCACAGGACUGUGGCAGUGCGUGAAAUGUGACUUAUUUAUUAUUACUUAAGAGUUGAGGUCUCAUCGGCAAAAUGCUUUAAGAAAGCAUAAGUUUCCUUAUUAAUGCUGAGAGAAAUCCAAUGUAAAUGAACACGUGUAAAGAAUAUAUAACAUUUGAAUGUGAUUUUGCCCCAAGAAAUUUCGGGCUUUGUUGAUUUUGUUUUUUCAUGAAAUAAAGAGGCGGCCAUGUUGGGCCUCUUAAGUCUUCAUGAGAAGGUGAGACUAACCUAAAUGUUUCUUCCUGUGAAACACUCAGAAUGCCAAGCUGCCGUUAGGGUUGUUUCUGGCUUUUGGCUUACAGUUUGUGUGCCAACAUCUCCCUUCCUUCCCUUGAGUUUGAAAGGCUUCAUAAUGUUGAAUCAUGAUAUAUUUUAGUAAUGCAGAUGAACAAUAUGAAGCCGCAAGAACGAAGCUAAACAGAACCCAUGUUCUGGACACCCCUUUCCUUCCCCCCCCCC